GUCUAACCGGAUGCGUGGCUUUGUUCUGGAAGCAACCACCACAGACACCAAAGAAAUGCAACGUAUUUGGCGUAAACAUUGAUCGUUUUCUUCUGAAAGUCCGCUUCUGUUUUUUUAUACACGCUAACGGCUUGAUAAGCCACUUUGGAGCAUCUUUGAAGGAGCAACGCGGAAAGCAUAGCCAUGUCGUCGCCGCUCGAGAUGACGGAAAUGUAUGACAACGCGCUGCUUGGCAUUCUGCAGCACGUCGGAAACAUUCAGGACUUUCUGCAAGUCUACUUUGGCUUUUUGUACCGCAAGACUGACUUUUAUCGACUCCUCACCGGUCCCGGCGACAAGAUGGGCUUCCCGCCAGGUGUCGCCGAGAAGAUGGUCCUACAGACGUUCAAGAUGUUUGAGAAGUAUUCCAAGGAGAUCCGCGAGCUUCAGAAGCAACAGGACGAGAUGGCGGCAGUUCCCGCGGCGGUCCAGGAGCUGGAGGUCACGUCGGAGGCCACGCAGGCGGCAAGCGCUUCGCCGUCCUCGGAUGCCGUUGCAGAGUCUGAACCCUCUGCCAAACCUCAGGCUGAUGGCAGUGACGGCGCCAUGGUCCAAGGCGACCAGGAAGCUGCAGCAUCCCACCCAGCAAAGCCAAGCCAAAAUCCAUCAGCGUUGGACUCAGACAGCUACAACGGCGCUGUGCGGGAUAAGUACCAGUGGUCUCAGGACUACAACGACGUGGAAGUGCGAGUCUUUGUGCCCAAGGAGGUGGUCAAAGGCAAGCAGGUGAGUGUGAGCCUGCACAGCGGCGGCAUGCGGGUUUGCGUGCGCGUGGGCCCUGAAGAGCAGACGCUGGUGGAGGGCAAAUUCUCGCACAAGAUCAACACGGAGAAUUCCCUUUGGAGCCUCGAACCGGGAAAAUGCGUUGUGCUGUCCCUGAACAAGUCGUCAGAGGUGUGGUGGAAGUGCAUCCUGGAGGGCGAGGAGGAGAUCGACGUGGACAAGCUGAACCGUGAGCGCUCCAUGGCCAGCGUGGAUGAAGAGGAGCACGCCGUCCUUGACCGCCUCACCUUCGACUACCACCAGAAGCUGCAGGGGAAGCCACAGAGUCACGAGAUGAAGGUGCAUGAAAUGCUGAAGAAGGGUUGGGAGGCGGAGGGCUCGCCGUUCAAGGGUCAGCAGUUUGACCCGUCCAUGUUCGACAUCCCGCCCAGCGCCGUGCAGUUUUGAAUUUUCAGCGCCACCCACUGCAACUUGUGGAUGAUUUCCUGUUUGUUGGUAACAUCACGAUCCGUCAAUCAAUCCAAGCAAAAGUACAAAGGUGACACUUUCAACAAAACGGAGGAUGUCUUUCUUUUUCCUUGCGGAUGAAAAAAGAAGUACCAAUCAAAAGACUGCACUGUUUAUCUCUGUCCGUUUCGGUACCCAAACACUGUGCCUGGUACCCUGAUGGACAAAGUUAUUUCUGAAAUGAAAUAAAAUACAAACUUCA